UAAAAAUGCGUGAUACGGUGUUCCGUACAGUGCAAAUCCAGUAAAUAUAGUCGGUAGUUUGUACUGUCUUCGAGGAACACAGGAAUGUUUGAAACACCGAAGAUACUAAAGCAAACCCACCAUCAACAUCAGUGCUGAUUCAGCUCAGGUAUGGCGAGUGGACUGGAAGAGAUAGAGCCAGAAAGUGGACUGGGAAAAAGAACGUCCUCAUUGUCCAUCCAUGGUAACAGAGAAGAUGGCGAGAAAAACGCGAGAGAAAGCAAGAUAGUCAUUGCAGCUAUAGACUUUGGAACAACGUACUCAGGUUAUGCUUAUAUCUUUAGAGACGAACUAGACAAAGCCAAAGACUCCAGCGAAAAACGCAAUGUCAUAUACAAACAUUGGCAAAGCGGAAGUGAUGCAGGAAUUUGCUCCCGCAAAACCCCCACAUGCCUCCUUUUGAAUCCGAAGGGAGAAUUUGACUCGUUUGGAUAUCCAGCGGAGGGAAAGUACUACAAUCUUAUGAACGACGAUGCCCACCAUGGAUGGAGAUUUUUCAAACGAUUCAAGAUGAUUCUUCUAAACGAAAAGAACCUGUCAAAAGAAACUAUGAUUCCGGACGAUCAAAACAAUACGUUUAAGGCCAUUGACGUGUUUGCCCUUAGCCUGAAAUUCAUUAAAGAUGAUCUGGAUACAGAAUUGAAAAAGACAGGAUACGACAUAGAGAAGGAGGAAAUUCAAUGGGUUAUUACUAUACCGGCCAUAUGGAACCCUCGGUCUAAAGAGUUUAUGAGGAUGGCUGCGAAGAAGGCAGGUAUUAAAAGUGAUCAGCUGGAAUUUGCGCUAGAACCUGAGGCAGCUGCGGUUUAUGUCAAGGAAACCAAGGUGGCGAAACAAAGGGUGUCUGACGACGAACAUGAGCUUGUUCCUUUUCCAGCUGGAACACGGUUUAUGGUUCUCGAUCUUGGAGGUGGAACAAUUGACAUUAGUGUGAAAGAAGUGCUUUCCGACAGAACAUUGAAAGAACUGCAUAGAGCGUCUGGAAACGGACUUGGAGGGGACUCGAUCAACAUACGAUUUUUUCAGUACUUCGAAAAGGUCUUUAGGAAAAGAGCUAUGUCAAGUUUUAAAAAUGAAAACAAGCACAAAGCGACACUGUAUGAUUUAGAAACAGAGAUUGAAUUAAAGAAAAGAAACCUUGACUUUGAUCUACACGGCAAUCUAAAAUUAGUCUUGCCAUCCUGUUUGAUUGAUAUCUUUGAAGAGAAUGAAAAAAUAGAUUUUGAAGAACAUUUAGAAUCUUUUCAGGGUUUAAGUUAUAAGAGAGGCAAGUUGCUUGUUAAUCAGGAGAUAAUCACAGAGAUUUUCAAACCUUCAGUUACAAGCCUCGUACAGCUUAUGCAAAAAAUCAUUGCACAGGAAAAUGUAACAAGAAUAAGCGAUAUUAUAAUGGUUGGCGGAUUUUCUCAGAGUCCUAUCGUCUCCAAAACUGUCAAAGAUUUAUUUAAACACGAAAACAUAAACGUUAUUAUUCCCAAUGACCCUGACUUGGCAGUGUUGCAAGGUGCUGUUUUGUAUCGCUAUUGGCCAGAAGUAGUGCGCACGCGCAGAUCCCCUUACACUUACGGAACCCGUCUUCUAAGACUUUGGCUCGAGGGUGACGAUGAAAGUAAAAAGAUCAGAAGAGGUAAAUCUAAGGAGAUUUUUUGCGGAGACCAUUUUGAAAAAUUUGUCUCUUUAAAUGAAGAGUUCGAAACUGGACAAACGGCAACGCUUGAGGUGUAUCCAGUAGAGGCCGACACGACAGAGAUGGCUAUUGAUGUUUAUACCUCAAAUAAGUCUGAUCCAAGGUACACAACAGACAACGGUUGUGAUAAACUGGGGCGUCUAGUCGUCCAUAUGCCGGAUACAACCAAAGGUCUUGAUCGACAAGCAGAUGUAACUAUGACCAUGGGAAGCACCGAAAUAGUAGUACAGGGCAAAAUGAUGCCAGACGGAACCCCAACUAAAGUUGUGUUUGACAUGCUCAGUGCAAAGUAGAUGUACUCGUGCCCGACAGCAAUCCGUUAUAUACAUGUAUUCCUUCCCCAAUAACUUCAUCUUUAUAGAACUGUAAUCACUGCACUGAAAAUAUAUAACAAUCAUUUAUUUGGAUAAUUGCAUAAUCGUUUAUAUAGAUAGAUAUUUGUAGAUAAUGAAGAUAUUGCACUAGUACAGUGCAGUGUUCCAUGGUUUAUUCGUCAUAAUACUUCGGGCUUCACAGGAUUUAAUUACGUGACCAACCAAGUUCAUGUACUGAUGAACGUUUUUACUUGCUGUUUAUUUCUUUGAUAAAAAGAUUAUUAUGUUUUUAUAAUUGAUGAAAUGAAAUAUUUUACAGAUUUUUAAAAAUAAUAUGCUUUUAUAGUGACAUUGAUUCAGGUGAGGUUGGUUGAUCGGUGUUUGAUAUACAUUUAAUACAUGCAGUACCUAGUUUAAUAAAAAAAAACACGAAUAAAAACAUGUUAAUUUUUAAGUUAUUAACUGUAAUUUAUGCUCUAGAGAAAAAGUAGAAUUUUAUUCUCUCCUCACCAAAUGUUAUUUUUAUCAUUCAUUGAACAAAUUUAGGCACUUUAAAAAAUCUCAAAAUGUACCUUUUUGAAAAAUGAAUGUUGGAGCAAUAUUCUUAUAUGUACUAGUAUUUGAUAACAGACAAAUAUUGAUAAUGGUUGAAUCCGUAUGAUUCUUGUCAGAAAAGUAAUUCAUUAAAUAACAUUAAAUUAUAUUCUUAAAUUUUCAAUUACAAUUAUUUAGAUGUUGACUACAUGUAAAUGAUUAGAAGGAAACAUUUUUAUAAAUGCCGAGUAUGGGUCAGUGAUAAUAAGUAUCUUUUUAAUGGCUCGUCACUAUUUUUUAACCCAAAACUUAGUUGUUCAAUUACGUAACGAGUCAGAAGUGUUCCUGAUUGACAAUGGUUUUUUUUGUAGAUAUUAUUCAUUUUUUAUGGAUUGUUAUAUAUUUUCCCCUUUACUUGAUGAUGUCUUUCAAACAUUUUUAGGGGUAUUAUAAUGUUGUAAUUUGUUAUACUACAAAUUGUUUGUACUGGCAAUGCCUUGAAAUUGACAAAUGACGACAAUUAUUCACUACCUCAUUGCUGUUCAAAUGAUUUCAACAUGUAUACUACAUGCAUACAUUUUUUUAUCUUUUCCAUGCAUGUUAACCAUUGCAAACAAAUAAAUAAAGCUUUUCAUUAUUA